AUGACACAUGCAUCCUCUGCCAGUACAAGCUUUUCUACAACUGAGUUUCAAACAGUUGAACCUACAAGCUCUGCCACAACAAACUCUCCAUCAACUGUGUCUCCAACAUCAGCUGCUUCAACAGCUUCUGCCACAUCAAACUCUCCAUCAACUGUGUCUCCAACAUCAGCUCCUUCAACACUCACUGCCAGUGCAAGCUCUUCUACAACUGAAUCUCAAACAGCAGAACCUACAACCUCUGCCACAACAAACUCUCCAUCAACUGUGUCUCCAACAUCAGCUCCUUCAACAUCUCCUGCCAGUACAAGCACUUUUACAACCGAGUCUCAAACAGCAGAACCUACAACAGCCUCUGCCACAACAAACUCUCCAUCAACUGUGUCUCCAACAUCAGCUGCUUCAAGUGAGUGUUUAAUUCAUUGA